AUGUCAUUCAAUCUCGCAUUUUUUAACGGGGAUGUUCGGAGGGACAGAAAACAAGAAGCGAUGCUUAGAAGCAUGGUUUAUACCGACUGCGAGUUUUGAUGAAAACGGAAAUUUUCAGAACGAAAGAGAUAACUUUCUCAACAGACUCCAGGAAAUGGAACGGAAAAGGGAGAAGGACGAAAAAGAGGACAAGUCGGCGAAAAAGAUUCAGAAGCUGUGGAGAGGAUAUCUGAAUCGUCAAGCGUGUCGGCGUGAGAUCAGAUCACAAUUCGACACGUUGACCGAGAAUCAGAGAGAGCGAACUGGAGAAGAAGUGAGGCAGAUGGCCCAGUUGCUCAUCAAUUUCUACAAGAGCCACAAAGACGAGGAGAGGCUCGUUAUGACUUUGGUGGAAUUGGUCAAGGCCAGAACGGUGAAUCGGUCAUUCGAACAGAGUAUUUCCAAUACGGCACGGCUUCUUCUCGCACGAAACUGCGUGAAAUUCUUGAAUCAGGCGACGGAGAAUACCAUCUUCUUCCAUAUUUUUAGGUGAUCUUUAAAAAUAUUUAUGCAGUAGGUGAAACGCUUUCUUUUCAGAUUCUUGGAAGACUAUGUCAUCUGUCAGCAAGCAUUGUUUGAGGCAGCUUCCAAAUUAGGUCUUUUCGAAGCGGAACUUCAUCUAUUUGAAGCGCUUGUUGGGAAGAGAGAGGGAACUAUUCAGAAGGCUGCGAUCAACCCGAGACAUCUUCAGUUGCUCUCUAGAAUUUUUGACUCUUUCGUGGUAAAACAAAACCUCCAUCGUCUUCAGAAUGAAAGAGACUUACAGAAUCCAUCCAAGAAGGCAGAAGCCUCCCUCAAAGUGGCAGACCGUCUUCUGAAGGCUCUGUGCGUCACUCUUCCCGAUGACAUUUUCACCAAUUAUAUCAUUCACUUCAUAAGAGAUCACAUCAAGCCAAACAAGUGAGCGUCUGCCUAAUUUCAUGUUUACAUUUAACUGUUCAGUCCGAACUACGGAGUGUUCUUGGAAGCAAAUAGACUGGCCGACACAACCAAGUGGAAUGUGGGUCCGGAGCUUCUGGAGAGCUGCUCCGUCCGUUUGCGCUCCAUUUUCCUCUCUCAAAUUGAACACGUGGAUCGUUCCUCCGAACAGACCCUCGAUCAGUUCUUCGUAUCUCUGGCCUUCUUUCUCGAAAAGAACAGAUCGAAAAAGUAUCCGAUCAAGGAAGAUUUCACGCAAAAUGGGAAAUUGCGAAAUGCUGCCAAUAAUUACCUGGAGGAUUACUGUCAAAGUAUUCUCACUUCGGACACGUUCCGGAGAUCUGCCUGUACAUAUGGUGAGGGCAAUCGAAAAAUGUCUCUGGAUCGGUUAGCCUUUCAGCAAACCUGCCGUCCAUCGAUGUUAACGUGAUCGUUCUGUUGCGCCAACACUUCUCCCAACUUCUUGACACUCUCGCCGCUUCGAACGUUUUUGUAGAAGCGUGAGUGAACAUCUCACAAAGUGCAAAAAGAGCUUUUCGUAUUCAGACUGUAUAUGUUUAUCGCGACUCAUUCGAAGAACGGAGAUUUCGAUGCGAACGACGGCAGUGCUCCGUCCUCCUCUGCACUUAUUCUCUUCUGUAAUUGCCUCAACAAAAGAGUCUCUUCUGUCGCCGAUUCGGACUUUGUUCCUUCGCACAUCUUUUCCGACUUUGAUAGAGUCGUCGAGUUCCUCAGAGACGUCUCCAUCAAACUGAUCAACCUGAUGUUCCCGGGCAUCGUAAACAGGGGAGACGCAAUCAACGCGGAAUUGGUAUCUCACUGACAGAGCAUAAUACAACUAUUAUGAAUAGUUUCAGAGUUGGAGCGAAGUCACUCAAUCUGUAUUCUCAAUUCUUGUAUCUAUCUAUCAAAAGGACACUAGAAUCAAGUACUUCCCCGAAGGAUUCUGGACGAAUCACGGAAGAGAGGUAACCUUCCUUUAUUUUCACGUCUUUAUUUUUCAUUUGUAAUCUUUUAGGUGCUCUCCAUUCCGGACGGUGACCGAAUCGCACGAAGACGUCUACGAAACGGAAGGCUGCAAUUAGGGUGCGUGUUUCAGCUGAUCUCAAUAAAAAAUCGCAUUUUUCAGAGGGACUGUUGACAAUGAGUUCGUGACGCGUCUGGCUCGAAUUUACGAAUCGGACAGCGACGAUUCGGAUGAUUCAGAUAGCGAAGGCCGCUCGAUCGAUCUUCCGGUUGGUCUGAGACGUGCGAUCUGUGUGAUGAAGAACAUUCCGUUCAUCGUCCCAUUCAUGGACCGCGUCUCGCUUUUCAAUCGUCUUCUGAUCCAGGAACGCGAAAAAUAUUACGGUGGAAGGCCUUCGGACUUCGGUUCUCAUUCAUUGACUGUUCGGAGGGACAAUGUAUACAUGGAUGCAUUUGAACAGUUUGCACCCCGGGUGACAAAUGAUAGAGGUGCUUGUAUUCCUUCUCUUUGAAGUUUGAAUUGUAUUCUUUCAGUUCGAGAACUGAAAGCCCAGAUUAGGGUGAAAAUGGUGAAUUGGACCGGAAAUAAUGAAUCCGGAAUCGACGGCGGAGGCAUCUUCCGAGAGUUCAUGAGCGAAAUAAUGAAGACAUCGUUCAAUGUCGAUCAGGGAUUCUUCACGCAGACAGAGAGCAGGCUCAUCUAUCCGAAUCCGACUGCUCCAUUCCUUCUCGGAGCCGACGCAAUGCAGCAUUACCAAUUCAUUGGGCGAAUGCUCGGAAAGCUGAUUUACGAACGACAGCUCCAGGAAGUUCGGUUCGCUGAAUUCUUCAUUGCUCAGCUUUUCGAAUCGGAUAAAAACAAAGAUAUCGACUUGCAGCACAUGAAGAGUUUCGAUCCUCUCAUCUUCAAGUUUGUUCACUUCAAUCCUUUAUUUCCUCAUUCAUUUUCUUACAGACACUUGAAAGAUUUGCUGAAGCUAAAUGAACACGAACUGGAAGAGCUUCAACUCGAUUUCAGUGUGGUCACAAGUGAUAUGGGUCUCGUCAGAGUAUGUUUUUCACAGUUAUCUAUUUUGAAAACGGUUAUCUUACAGAAUGUCAAUCUGAAACCAAAUGGAUCUAAAUUCCGGGUCAAUGUAGAUAAUGUACAUGAAUAUGUUCGAUUGUAUGUCAACCAUCACAUCAAGUUGAGAGUAAGUGCAACAUCCGGGAUGAGCGGUGCGCAAGCCCUUUUUCAGAUCGCUCCGAUGGUUGAUGCUCUGCGAAGAGGCAUCAGCGAAGUGAUCAACGUGGAGUGGAUGCGAAUGUUCGCACCGCACGAGCUCCAGAUUCUGAUUGCCGGCACCGAGGGCGUCUUUUCCAUCAAGGAAAUGCGUAAAUACUGCGAAUUGCGGUUCCAGCAGAGCAGUCAGGCGGACGACGACUUCGCUGAAAUGUUCUGGGAUGUCAUAGACAAACUUUCUCCCGAAGACAAAAGAGCUCUCCUCAAGUUCGUCCUCGUCUGCUCUUUCACUCAUUACAAACGUGUAUUUCAGAUUUGUAACCGGAUGCUCUCGUCCUCCAAUCGACGGAUUCAGGAGCAUUUAUCCACGAAUGGGAAUCCUCGUGGUACUCAUUCGGCUCAUUUCAUUCCCAUAAAUGCGUUUUAAUUCAGGUCACGUCAACCGAUGACACUCUGCCGACAAGUGCCACGUGCAUGAACAUGCUUACCAUUCCCAAAUAUUCUAAUCGCUCCAAACUCGAAGAGAAGCUUCGUUAUGCCAUUAAUUCGGGAGCCGGUUUUGAACUCUCUUAA